CAUUCUUCCGAGGCUGGGCUUCGAAGGAUCCUCACCAGCCUCAUCUUGUGCGUUGUGGACUGGAUGUCGGCAUGGAGUUGCAAAUACUGCUGCAAGAGGAGGGUUGGAUAUGACAUGAGGGUAUUAUUUAAAGAAGCGUAAGACUGCCCUUCAGAUCAACUCCCAAACAGACAGCAACACAGUCACAACACUACAACAUCUUCACGACUCUAAACUCCAACAUCUCUUGUUUCCUCUUUACUCCCAAAAUCAAGCAACCACCAAUCACCGCCAACAUGCAGUUCUCCUUCAUCACUCUUCUCCUCGCCGCCUCCUCCGCCAUCGCCGCCCCCACCGCACCGCUCGUCUCCCGAAGCGACUCAUGCAUGGCCAAGGGCGCCAAGGUCUCCAGCUGGACCGUCCACGACUUCGACCUGGACUACAGCACCACCAAGGCCGGCGCCAAGACCAACAGGGGCACCGUCAGCUUCUCGCUUGAGAACAAGGCCCUCUCCUACCGGGCCAAGUGCAAGGCCACGUCGACGGGCAAGAACUUCUUCGUCGGCGGCGUCACCUACAAGUGCCAGUCGGGCUCCAGCCGCGACUCUGCCUCGUUCCGCUUCGACCACAAGAGCGGCACGCUCGCCAUCAACCAGGCCUGGGCUUGCGCGUCCGAGGGCGGUCGCUAUGAAGCCUCGGGCAAGACGAAGCUCAACCUCAGCUGCCAGGGGACCAACGGCCGUGUUAGCUGCGACAAGAAGACCGUCAAGGCUCCCAUCACUCAGAAGAGCGCUGUCCUCUGAGUGGUCUACGGAUAUACAUCGACAACUUGGGCCACUUCUACCUCUUCUUCUCUUCUACUUCCACUUCCAUUUCUGGCUUAGGGACAUUUUCGCAUUUUCGCAUUUUCG